CACUGCUCAGCCUUUCUGCCUGCUGGGCAGGGACGCGGCCCUGGGGAUGUGUGAGGGCUGGGAUGGUGACCAGUGUGUCAGAGCAGGUUGUGGUCUGCCCUCGAGGGGGAACGGAAGCUGAAUGAGGCCAGUGGGCUGCAGCUGCGUGGUUGGGCACAGCAGCACAUUCAGAUGCACUCCUCUCUUCGCAGCUGCACAAGGCUUGGGCCCUCAGUGCUGGGAGCAGCAUUCGUCCUAUUCGUGGUAACGUGCUAAAAGUGUUGAAUUUGUAAUGCUUACAGCACUUGUAUUUUUAAUAGAGUUUUUACCUUGGGUUUUGCAAAAUGCAGUGAAUGUUUUAAAGCCUCUAAUUUGGCAGAUUUUCCUUUCUUUCUUCUAGCCCCGUUAAAUGAAAAUCUUGGUGCAGCUGACUGGGAAUAAUAUAUGUGGUCCUGCUGUUGGCUCUUGCUGGACUCUGUGACUGGGUGAAGAAUGCAGACGAUAAAGUGCGUUGUUGUUGGCGAUGGCGCUGUGGGAAAAACUUGCCUCCUCAUCAGCUAUACCACCAAUGCCUUCCCAGAAGAGUACAUCCCCACUGUGUUUGACAACUACAGUGCCCAAAUGACUGUGGAUGGCCGGACGGUUAGCCUGAACCUCUGGGACACUGCAGGCCAGGAGGAAUACGACCGUCUGCGCACGCUCUCGUAUCCUCAAACCAAUGUGUUUGUCAUCUGUUUCUCCAUCGGCAGCCCGUCCUCCUACGCGAACGUGAGGCACAAGUGGCAUCCUGAAGUUUCUCACCACUGUCCCAACGUUCCCAUUCUUUUAGUGGGCACGAAGAGAGACUUGAGAAACGACCUGGAAACAGUUAAAAAGUUAAAAGAGCAAAGCUUGGCUCCCACUACCCCACAACAGGGGACUUCGCUGGCUAAACAGAUUGGAGCGGUCAAAUAUUUGGAGUGCUCAGCGUUGAAUCAGGAGGGCGUUCGGGAGGUGUUUGCUGAAGCUGUGCGUGCGGUUCUUUAUCCUGUGACAAAGAAGAACACAAGGAAAUGUGUCCUAUUGUAGUUACCUCGGCUGAUGGAUGCUCGAAGUGGAACAGUGACUCGAAUUCUGGAGGGCUUUUUAACGCGUUAAAUUGAAGAUUUGCGUCUUGCACUAACAGCUCUAAGCAGAAACGGUUUAUGCAAAGGAUAUUCUUGCAAUCUUAUUGCUUCAGGGAAACUGAAACAAAACUUCUUCUUCUUUUUCCAGCGGAGAGGUCAAAUAUAUACUUAAUUUCUGAAGCUCCAGUCUCCAGCUUCUCCAGGGAUCACUUGGCUUCUGUUCUUACUUAGUGGAGGGAAACAAAGGAAGGGACUUCUCUGAAGCCCAACUUCUUUACUUUAUAGCCACCAGUUGCUAGAUUUGCUGCAAGGCACAAGUUCUGGUAACUUUGCUUUAAGUCUAGGUGCUGUUUUUCCCAUUUCUUAUUUACAGAUCAAACUGGUUUGGCAAAUGGAAAUCUGGCUGUGCAUUUGUUGUAUUUUGCCAAUUCAGAGCUUGAAAACAACUUGUUUACAUACAAAAAUGCCAGAAAUAUUACUGAGAUUCGCCUUGAAGUGAACUGUGAUCAUUUAUGUGAAGAGUUAACAGAGAUCUAAUCCGAUAAGCGAGACCUAGGCAACACCUGCAAGUAUUUUGUUAAUAGAAGCAAAUUCCUAUUGUAAGGAACUUAGGAUAAUGAUGAAUCCCUCAAAUGAGAGAUUUUAGUGCUGUUGCAAUGGGGAGCAGAUUAGGUGCAAGCCUUCCGUAAUCUCCUAAACCAAGUUAAGGCUUUAUUUCACUCUUCAAAGAGACUUUGCACCCUGAGAAUAAAGUUAAAAUGACCUCCCCGG